AUGUCCACCGCAACAGAGACCCCGGCGGUGCCCCCAACGGGCAUGCGGAAAAACGGCAAAAACUGGCAUGGCACCAAGAAGGCAUUCCGCCCUAAUGCCGGUUUGACUUCAUACGCUAAGCGUCAAGAGGCGCGCAAGCACCAGGAUGCCGUCAAGGAGUUGGAGCGUGAGAUGAAGGAAGAGCGUGAGGCCGAACGUCAGGCCCAUAUCCAACGCAUCAAGGACCGCCGCGAGGCCAAGGAGGAGAAGCUCCGGUAUGAGAAGAUGGCAGAGAAGAUGCACCACAAGAGGGUUGAGCGUCUCAAGCGCAGAGAGAAGCGCAACAAGCUGCUCAACUCGUGA